AAAAAACAAAACUAAAAGAAUUGAAAACUUAUUUGAAAUACUCAGAAAUUUUUAUCCUAUUUUAUUGGACUUAAUUUUAGAAAACAAAAAAUAGUCAAAAUGAUUUUAAGAAAAUUAUUAACAAUAUUAGCGUUUUUUACAUCAAAUAUGGUAAAUACACAAUUUGUACCUUUUGGAUCACAUUUACAAACACAACAUGGUUCUGAAUGUGCUCUGCUGUUAUCGGGACCUGGAAGAUCAUCAUUAUUUGAUUAUAAUAUUAAUUUAUUUAGAGGAACACCAAAUGCUUUUUCACCCUAUAACACCUGUAUUACAUACGAUGCCAUUAAUGCAGCUUAUUUAGAUGCCAGAAAAAGAAUACAUGUAUCACAGCCAAAAGGAGAAUAUAAAACUGAAGAUAUUGCCACAGUUGGAGAAUUACUUUUAGACAUUUCAAUUCAAUUGGCGCGAACAUAUGGUUUAACAUAUGAAGAAAUUGAAAAAGGUUUACCCACAAUAGAUACAUCAAAAACAUUAAUACGCGAAGUUUGUCCUCCAUUUUUCUCUGGUGUUGAAUGUCGACCUGGAAAAUAUCGUCGUUUUGAUGGCUUAUGUAAUAAUAUUGAUAAUCCAACAUGGGGUGCUAAAGGAUCACCAUUCCAACGUUUAAUAGGACCGUUAUAUGCUGAUGGUAUUAAUGCACCAAGAAUUUCAGUAACUGGACGUGAUUUACCAUUAUCACGUGUUGUAUCACGUACAUUACAUCCUGAUGAAGGUUAUCAUGAUCAUGCUGGUACUGUUAUGGUAAUCGCUUGGGGUCAAUUUAUGGAUCAUGAUUUUACAUUAACAGGAACACCAUUAGAUCCAAUAAACCGUAACGAUCCAGAAGAAUGUUGCAAACGUCCAUUACAUUUGAAACAUCCAUAUUGUAAUGAAAUUCGUAUUCCAGAUGAUGACUAUUUUUACAGAUUGUUUAACGUAAAAUGUAUAGAUUUUGUACGUGCAUUCCCGUCACCCAGACCUGGUUGUAAACUUGGAUCAAGACAACAGUUCAAUAUUUUAACUGGUGUCAUUGACGCUAACACAGUUUAUGGAGUAACAGAACAAUUUGCUCGUAAACUUCGUACUGGUUAUGGUGGUCUUUUAAGAAUGAAUCCAGUAUUUGCAGAAUAUGGUCUUAAAGAUUUAUUACCCUUAAAAUUGGAUAUUCCAGAUGAAGGUUGUACACGUCCAAAUAAAAGCAUGUUCUGUUUUGAAGCAGGAGAAAUCCGUGUAAAUGAACAACUUGUUCUCACCUGUAUGCACACAUUAAUGGCACGUGAACAUAAUCGUCUUGCCAAUGGAUUAGCUCAAAUUAAUCCACACUGGGAUGAUGAAACAUUAUUCCAAGAAGCACGUAGAAUUAAUAUUGCUACUGUUCAACAUGUUACGUACAAUGAAUUCUUACCGAUUUUAUUAGGUAAAGAUAUUAUGGAAAAAUUCGGUUUAGUAUUACAAAAGGAAGGUUAUUGGGAUGGUUACGAUCCAAAAGUUAAUCCUGGUAUUAUUGAUGCAUUUGCUGGCGCUGCAUUCCGUUUCGGACAUUCGUUAUUACCGACGGCAGUUGAACGUUGGUCAAAAGCACAUAAAUUUAUUGCAUCAAAACGAUUAUCCGAUUUAAUUCGACGACCCUAUGAUUUAUAUCGUGCUGGUGUAUUUGAUGAAUACUUUAUGGGAUUAAUGAAUCAGGUUGCACAAGCUAUGGACGAUUCAAUUACACAAGAAGUUACAAAUCACUUAUUUAAAAAGGAAGGUGCAAGAUUUGGAAUGGAUUUAGUAUCAUUUAAUAUGCAGAGAGGUCGUGAAUUUGGAUUACCUGGUUAUAUGGAAUUUAGAAAAUUCUGUGGUUUACCUAUUUCAAAUACUUGGGAUGAAAUGUUUGGUUCUAUGCCAAAUGAAACAAUAACUAGAUAUAGAAGCAUUUUUGAACAUCCAGCUGAUAUUGACUUAUGGUCUGGUGGUGUAUCAGAAAAAUCUUUACCUGGAUCAAUGUUGGGACCAACUUUUGCAUGUGUAAUUGCAACACAAAUGAGUUAUUCAAGACGUGGUGAUCGUUUCUGGUAUGAGUUACCAAAUCAACCUUCUUCAUUUACACCAGAUCAAUUACAAGAAAUUAGAAAAACAAAAUUAUCACGAUUAAUAUGUGAUAAUACAGAUUUAAUAGAUACGACGCAAAUUUAUCCAAUGGUUUUACCAGAUCAUGAGAUUAAUCCAAGAGUGCCAUGUAAAGCUGGUAUUAUUCCAUCAAUAGAUCUUUCAAAAUGGGCUGAUUUCCAACAUGAUUUUGCACCACAUCAAUACAAUAUAUUGAAUGAACUUCCUGAUACAGUGAUGGCAUUUCUAGUUGAAAAUUUACGCAGGAGACGUACACCCGAAAUGGAUACAUCAUCAACAAGAGUAUAUGGAUAUUAUGAUACUAAAACGGGAUUAUAUAAAAAUAUAACAGAGAGGCAAAUACCACCAGAAUAUAAAAAACAUUUAUUAUUAUUAAAAAAUCCACAUUAUCGGCAAUUUCAUAAAAAUCCUUAUACUAGAGCUAAAUUUUUAUAUUCAAGAAAACCGAUUUUUACAAAUAAGGAUCUUGAAAAAGCUUUUAAAUUAAAAAAUAAACAAGAUUUUAAUUUAAAAAGCAGACCACAUUAAUUACAUACAUGUAUAGAGAAAAAAUAUAUUUAACAUUAAAAAUAACAUUUUCGAAAUUUUUUUUUUUUUAUUGUUUUUUAAAUUUAAAAUUUCAAUUAAAGUGUAAAAUAAAAAAAUUUCAAAAAAAAAAAUUAAUUAAUAUUUGAUGUAGACUAGCAUGCAACGAAAAGUAUAAUAAAAAUUUUGAUAUGAACAAAAACACACAUAAAAUUUAACACUAGAACUAAUAGUUAACGUCAAAGUUGUUGGUUUUGUUGUAAUAAUUAUUUUUCACAUUAAUUUUCCUUUUUUAUUUUAAGAAUCUUCAGCUAACCGUGGAAGUUAGUCUAAAUUUCCUAGACUAAGAUAUUCUCAACCCGAAACCCUAGCAUAAUUUAAAUUUUUGGUCGCGCAUUUACUUACUUUUAUCUAUUUCAAUUUUGGAAUCGACACAUUUUUUUUCGAAGUCAAAAUUGCACUCGUCUGUGAUUUCGUAGUGUACAAUUUAAAUUUUGCACUACCGGUCGUUUAAGUAAGGAAAUAAAUUUCAUUCCAAAUUUUAUUAUACACCGAUGCUCAGUUAAGUGAAGACCCAAAUUAUUUCUUAUUUUAUACGAAUGUCAUGAAUUUUUCUAAGCCGAUGUAUUCAAUCAUAUUACAAAAAUUAUGUAAUUAUACUCCUAUUCUAAAAUACCCCUAUUCUAAAACAAGUAUAUAAUAUAUGGUAUAUAUAUAUACCUUUUUAUAUAUAUACGGUCUGACUUAUAUUAUCGGUUAAUUUACUCAUAGUUUUCAAUAACAAAAUAUUACAAAAACUUUUUUAAAAAUUCGUUGAAUAUGUAGGUUGAGUUCCCCAUACCUACGAACAAAACAAAAUCCGUUUUCAUCACUAAAUAACUUUUGUCAGAAUCAAAUUUUAAAAUUUUUGUUACUAUACUCGUACUCUGAUAGAUAAUUAAAUUUCGUUCAAAUUGAUUCAAGAUAUAAAUUGUAAAAUUAAAAAAUUAUUAAGUAAAAUGUAAAAUAUAACAUUUGUCAACAAGUACAUGCAUAUGUGUUUAACAUUUUUUUAUGUUUUGUAUGAGGCGAAUUUAAUUGGCAUCUCGACCAUACAGGUCUUUUGUGCAUUCCCACGCUAGAUCAUUAGAACUCAACUUUCAGACUCCCGAUAAAUUUUAACAGGCCCGUCAUGUAUAACGAUUCAUGAAAAUCCAACUUCAAGACCCCGAGAAAUCUGUAUCUAUAUAACAUUUUAUUAUGAUUUAUGCUUAAUCGUGUUUAGUUUAUUAAGAAAGGUAUAACAAGUAACAUGUAAAUGGGAAUCACAAAGUUCAGCAACCUUCAUCUUAAGUUUUUUAUUUUGUAUAAAAUUAUAUGUAAAAUAUAGGUCUAUAAGUAUAUAAAAGACAUAUCAUGUCUAUAUAGGAACGAUUUGGGGUAAAAUUUAGUUAUAAUUUUAAAACAAAUACUGUCGAAACAAAAUGUCCUUGCUUAAAAUGUAAAAAACUUUUGAAAACUCAGUUCUUCAAAAACUACUAAAAACAUUUAUAUUUUUAAGGCGAUAAAUUGAUUGCGGUUUUAAAAUAUUUUAAGACGAACUUCGUCUAAUAACAGCCAAAUAAUGUUUUCGGAAGUGAAAAUAUUUUCUAAAGCUGUACAGAAUUUAAAGAUAUUUAAUUAUAUAUUUUCUGGCAUAUUACUAUUUACCACAGGAAAAGCUAGAUACCAUAGAUACGGGAAUUCACCCUCUCACCCUACAUCACGUCAUAUACAUAGAUAGAUAUAAAUUUGAUUAUCUAUGUAUGAAAAUUAAAUUUUAUGAAAAAUAACGCAAUUUUAAAACUUAAAUGAAAUAAAUUUUAUUUUAUUGAAAAUUAAUAAAUUUUUUAAAUUUACUAUUUAAUUUUUUUUUAAAUUUAAAUAUUUUGUGAACUAAAUAGUAAACCGAUAAUAUUGAAUUAUUUAUAGAAAUUGGUUAUAGAAAUUGGUACAUAUACAAAAAAAUAUUGAUAAUUCUAGUGUAAUAAAGCCUUUUUUUUUUGUUCCACUUUAUUGAAUUAUUCUCUAAACUACAAGCAUUCUAUUUUAUUCUAUAAAAUUAACUUUAAUAAAUUUUUAAAAUAUAUACGGGUAUUCCAAAAAUUUUGUUAAAAUUUUGACAAUAUUUCAAAUACACACCAUAUUAUAAAAUACAACAACUUCAAAUUGGUGGUGACACGGUAUUCCAACGCAAUCCUGUAAUUAUAGCUUUAUAAACUGAAUUGUGUAUUAAUAAUCUAUUACUGCCAUUUUGAAAUCGCGCAUAUACAUAUGUAUGUACAUUGUUAAACAUUAUAUAUUUUGUUUUAAUAAUAUAUAAAUUUGAAAUAUUUAAUUGUCGAAAAUUUAAAAAACAUUUAUAUGAAAUCUUAUACUUCUACUUUUAAUUUUACUAUAAAAAUUAUUGCCGCAUUAUUUGGUGUAAUUUAAAGAAAGAACAAUAUCGCUACUUAUUAAGGAAAAAAAAAAUAAUUUUUAAAUUAAUUGUCAUGUAAAAUAUGUAAGUAUGUACAUAUUAUAUUUUUUAUA